UCCCCAUGGCAACUGGACAGAAGCUGAUGAGAGCUAUUAGAGUCUUUGAGUUUGGUGGACCAGAAGUGUUGAAACUGCAGUCAGAUGUUAUACAACCAGUUCCAAAAGAACAUCAGGUUCUGAUCAAAGUCCACGCAUGUGGUAUAAAUCCAGUGGAGACAUAUAUUCGGUCUGGCACUUACAGUAGGAAACCAAAUUUGCCCUAUACUCCUGGCUCAGAUGUGUCUGGCAUAAUAGAAGCUGUUGGAAAUAAUGUCUCUACUUUCAAGAAAGGUGACAGAGUUUUUACUACCAGCACUGUCUCUGGGGGCUAUGCAGAGUAUGCUGUUGCUGCAGAUGAUACAGUUUACUCACUGCCAGAAAAACUGGACUUUAAACAAGGAGCUGCCAUUGGUAUCCCCUACUUUACUGCUUAUCGAGCUCUACUCCUCCGUGCCCGUGCAAAAGCUGGAGAAACUGUUCUGGUUCAUGGGGCUAGUGGAGGGGUUGGACUUGCAACAUGUCAAAUUGCCAGAGCUUAUGGCUUAAAGGUUUUGGGCACAGCUGGUACUGAGGAAGGUAAAAACAUUGUUUUGCAAAAUGGGGCACAUGAAGUAUUUAAUCAUAGAGAUGUCAACUAUAUUGAUAAAAUUAAGAAUUCUGUUGGUGAUAAAGGAAUUAAUGUGAUUAUUGAAAUGCUAUCUAAUGUAAAUCUUAGUAACGAUUUGAAACUUCUAUCAUAUGGAGGACGAGUAAUAAUUGUUGGCAGCAGAGGUCCUAUUGAGAUAAACCCACGGGACACCAUGGCAAAGGAAUCUAGUAUAAUUGGAGUUUCCCUCUAUUCAUCGACCAAGGAGGAGUUUCAACAGUGCGCAGCAGCCCUUCAAGCUGGAAUGGAAAUUGGUUGGUUGAACCCUGUGAUAGGCUCUCAGUAUCCACUGGAAAAAGUGGCACAAGCUCAUGAAAAUAUCAUUCAUGGUGGUGGGACUACUGGAAAAAUGAUUCUUCUCUUAUGA